AUGUUCUCCUCACUCUCCUUCCGGUCACAGAAACUGGACCUGGGCCAGCCUCAGAAACAACCAAGCCGGCCUCAAAGGACAUACACGAGGAUGUCUUUUAGACCUCUUUCCUUGGCGGGGUUCUUCCCGCCGAAGCCGGAACCUGGGACUCAGCAGGGUUCCCAUCCUUCCAUGAUUGAGCAAGUUAACAGUCCGGAGUUACAUGCAUGUGAUGGGACGGUUUCCCACGGAUUCGAAGAAGUUGCCACUUCCUCUAUCACUCAUGGGACGAUUAGGUCAGCGUCGUCCGUCGCAGAGACACAUGUUUCCCUCGCGAGGACACGGGCUGAGCGAUCAUCCGAUACGUGGAACGACACCGAGACAUUCGAAGUCGGAGAAGGCGAUGAAGAAUACUGGGAGGACGAUGGCGAGGAGAGCGACGAGGACGAUGAGCUGGACUCGACGGAUUCGUCUAAUACAGCCAAGCACGUCUGGCGGAGCGACGUGGAGAGAAUGCGGGUUGCCUUCAGGCGGGCCCGGGCCAGCGCUCGAAAGGUCGACCUCCACCGGGCCCCCUUCUUUCCCCAGACGCUUGACGGCUACGUCGGCCUCAAGGCCGACGGCAUCGAGGAGAAGGCGGCUCGGCUGCUGGCAAAGGUGGAGGCCAAGGAGAAGAUGCUGCGCGCGCUGGAGAAGGAUGAGCGCAACCCGCCUCGUGCUCCCCCAUCGACCCCCCCGACGCUGGCUACCCUCCCCCUGACCUACGCCGACGGCCACUCGGCAAUCCUCGCCCACCCCAAUAACCCCUUCACCCCCUCCCGCCGCCCGCCAACCUGCGACUGGCCGACGACAGCCGAGCUCACCAGCGAAGGCGACUCGCGCAUCAGGCGCUGCGACCCCGUUUCGGCUUCCUCCUACUACUACUUCCUCUCCUUCUCCUCGAACGAUACCACCACCAUCACCAACAACAACGAACCCAUUUUUGACGACGACAAGUACACUCCCGACGCUGACGCCGACGCCGACAUGGCUCCACCGGAAGCAGGACACGGAGCAGGAGCGUGGGGUAGACUAGGCCGCUACCUCCCAGUCCCGCGCCUCCGGGGCGUGAUUGACCCACGCCUCGGGCUGGCGCCGCAGGAAGUAGACGCGCUUGUGCGGGGGCAUGGCGCGGCGGGUAUGGUUGAAGAAAUGAGUCUUUGAUCGCGCCUGAGCAAGGCGCAUGGGAGUGGGAGAUGACCGGGUAGUCCGUCUUUUGGUGUGGGAGUUAGGAAGGCCAACUUUGUUGGUUUGGUUUUGCUGGUUGGAUGCCCGCCGCGGGGCGGUUAUCGCUCAUGACCAUUACGGUUCAGAGGCAGGCAGAGGAGGUUGACAAGUUGCCUGGCCAUGAUC